UAUGUAGCUAUUUACUUGCCAAUGAAGCUAUUUUUAGGGCACAAACUACGGUUAUCAAUUUCGUAAAGAAAAUCAUACAAAAGUAAAUUGCUAAUCUAAAAGAUUGUACAUGAUUUUCAAGUCGCAAGUACUCUUGCUUUUGUUUGUGCCAUCAACAAUUUGUGACCAAUAUGCAACACUACGAUGAAAAAUCAGUAAUUAGUAUGUUAACUGUUAUUUAUUGAGUAAGUGAUGUGGUUUGGACAUAAUUCAUGUAAUUUUCGAAAAAUGUAUAUAUAUGUACAAUAUAUUUUUGACUCAAUUUGUCUUUGGAUAUGUAACGGAAUUCAGCGUACGUAAUAAAUAAAGAAAAGAGAAAAAAAAGUGGCCAGAGUGGUCACAAAACUGGAAUAGACGAUCUCUGUGUCCGUGGGCAGCUGUGCUCCCGCGGUGUUGCAUUUGGGGACUCCGCCAGGAUGGACGAUGUGUCGCCGGGAGCCGUCGUGUCAUGCGUUCCCAGUGUGGAGGUCCCAUCGCAUCCCAUGUGCCAUGCCGAGCCAGAAGAAGAGGAGUCCAUGGCGGCAAAUGGCACAAUGCUGACUUUCAACCACACGCACAUGAGGAAAGCCUUCCAGCUCAUGAAUGACCUUAGAAAGAAGAAAAUGCUUUGUGAUGUCCAGCUGGUUGCAGGACAUGUAACAGUGGCGGCGCACCGGGUGGUCUUGGCAGCCUCCAGCCCCUACUUCUGUGCCAUGUUCACAGGCGACAUGAGUGAGAGUAAGGCCCAGCGAGUAGAAAUUGGUGAGGUGGAUGGCCCCACUCUCACCAAGCUGGUGGACUACAUCUACACGGCUCAGAUAGAAGUCACUGAAGACAAUGUACAGGUUCUGCUGCCAGCAGCGAGCCUCCUCCAGCUGAUGGACGUGCGUCAGGCAUGCUGUGACUUCCUGCAGUCUGAGCUUCAUCCUUCCAACUGCUUGGGUAUCCGAGCCUUUGCAGACGUGCACACAUGCACGCAGCUUGUUGGACAGGCGCACGCAUACGCCGAGCAGCAUUUCUCCGAGGUGGUCCAGUGUGAGGAGUUUGCAUCUCUGUCUCUGCAGCAGGUAUGCAGCCUGUUCUCCAGCGACAAGCUCACCGUGCCCACCGAAGAGAAGGUGUUUGAAGCGAUGAUCUUGUGGAUCAAACAAGACAGCUCCCGUGUGGAGCACAUGCCCAAACUAAUGGAGCAUGUUCGCCUGCCACUGCUCUCCAGGGACUAUCUGGUUCAGAUAGUAGAAGAAGAGGCACUAAUCAAGAACAACAACAUCUGCAAGGAUUUCCUCAUUGAGGCCAUGAAGUACCACCUCCUUCCUGCGGAACAGAGACACCUCAUCAAGACAGACAGGACGCGACCACGCACACCUGUCAGCAUCCCCAAGGUUAUGAUGGUGGUGGGCGGCCAGGCUCCCAAAGCCAUCCGUAGUGUUGAAUGUUACGAUGUCCAAGAAGAUCGAUGGUAUCAAGUUGCCGAGCUGCCGUCAAGACGCUGCCGAGCAGGCGUGGUGUCGCUAGCAGGCAGAGUGUACGCGGUUGGCGGCUUCAACAGUUCUCUGCGCGAAAGGACGGUGGAUGUGUACGACGGCGCCAGGGAUCAGUGGAGCCCUGUAGCCAGCAUGCAGGAGAGACGCAGCACGCUGGGGUCGGCCAUGUUGGGGGGGCUGCUCUACGCUGUGGGAGGCUUUAAUGGAAGCAUAGGUCUGUCCACAGUGGAAGUGUACAACCCAAAAAAUAAUGAAUGGACGUACGUGACGUCCAUGAACACGCGGCGUAGUAGCGUUGGUGUCGGCGUGAUUGACGGUAAGCUGUACUCUGUGGGGGGUUACGACGGAGCUUCACGUCAGUGUCUCAGUACAGUGGAGGAAUAUGACCCUGUCUCUGAUCAAUGGGGUUACGUCGCUGACAUGAGCACACGCCGCAGUGGAGCAGGCGUGGGGGUUUUGGGAGGGCAGCUGUAUGCGGCCGGCGGCCACGACGGGCCCCUAGUGCGGAAGAGCGUGGAGGUUUACGACCCAGCCAGCAACACGUGGAGGCCCGUGUGCGACAUGAACAUGUGUCGUCGUAAUGCCGGCGUAUGCACAAUCAAUGGUCUGCUCUACGUGAUCGGAGGUGACGACGGCUCGUGCAACCUUUCCUCUGUGGAGUUCUAUGACCCGGCCGUGGACAAGUGGAGCCUCGUUCCCACCAACAUGAGCAAUGGACGCAGCUAUGCCGGAGUUGCAGUCAUCGAUAAACCUUUCUGACUAUGGCAAGUGUUUAAAAUGGCUGAUGUUUGUCGCUGGCGAGAAGUAAAAGAUCCUGAAUGCCGCCUCUGCCAUUACUGCUCCAAAGGAGCCAAUCGGGAUUUAUCCUGUCAGUGUUUUGGACCUGGAUUGAGUUGCUGUUUACACCGCGGAGGAUGGUGCUCCAGUUAAAAACCCAAGCAACAAAUAUGCACUUUGGUGUCAAGCACACGUUUCUUCUCAGGCUCUCCGAAUGGAAGGCAUAGACGAUGCCAACUGGACCAUCACCAGCAACAACACACGUUUACAUUCAUGUUCUAGUGGACUUAAACACAAAAAAACAUAAAGAAAUGUAUUUUGAAUACUCAAAAAGUUGUAAACAAAUGUUUGUAUGCAAACCAGGUGAAAAAGAAGCACUGCUGACGUCACAUACUACUGAUGAACAAAAUGGUGGUCCAUGAAGUUUUUAUAUGUUGUGCUUCUUAUACUAAUAUUACAAAAGAAGUGUCAAAAUGCACUGUACCUAUAGAAAGGCUAUGCUUAUUUAUUACAGGGCUUGCAUUUAUAUUGUAAUUACUGCUAAAAGUGACGUCUUUGUACCACAUGUCAUCGUGCUUCAGAUGAUUUUGAAUGAUUUAAAAUAUGUAAAUCUGCACAGAUUAAAAAUAUUUAAAGGA